ACCUCAUAACUGUGUCACCUUUAGUCUUUUGAAACCCUGGCCGCUCCAACUCUUCUUACAGCAGCCAUCGGUUCAAGAGAAAGAGGAGGAUCCGUUGUUUUUCUUCCUCUUUGCCCAGCAACCUUCCUAGAUCCGCGAACCUUCACAAGCCAUCAAAAUGUUGAUGCCAAAGAAGAACCGUGUGGCCAUCUAUGAGUACCUCUUCAAGGAGGGAGUCAUGGUUGCCAAGAAGGACUUCCAUGAACCUAAGCACCCUGACUUAGCGGACUUGAACAUCCCUAAUCUCCAUGUCAUCAAGGCCCUUCAGAGCUUGAAGUCUCGUGGUUAUGUGAAUGAGCAGUUCGCGUGGAGGCACUAUUACUGGUAUCUCACAAAUGAGGGUAUUCGUUACCUGAGGGAUUACCUCCACCUUCCAGCUGAGAUUGUGCCCUCAACCCUUAAACGUCAAAGCAGACCUGAGCCUGUCAGGCCCCGCACUGCUGCCCCUCGCUCUGAGGGCUCAAAGACAGCAGCUGACAGAGAGGCAUACAGGCGGACUCCUGGUUCCGCUGGUGGUCCCGACAAGAAGGCUGAUGUUGGUGCUGGCACUGGGGAGGUUGAAUUCCGUGGUGGUUUUGGCAGAGGUCAGAGGCCUCCUCAGUAAACUCUUAUA